AUGCUAAAGCAAAGGCACAAGGGGUUUUCGUCUGAGGCCUAUACAGAUGAUGAUUGCUUCAAAUUUGUUGAGGAGAGCGGAACUAUAUUCUGCCUAAUCAAUGGAUAUUUUGGCGAGCAAGAGCAGUGGUGGAAUAUUUCUUGGACUCUUGCAAACUGCAAGGUCGGAUGCAAUGGCCGGGAGGUGCGGUUGCCAGAGUCAGUUUGCCCCAACGGUCGCUUUAAGAACUGCGAUGAAAAUGCGAUGGAAAAACUCAGAAAAUGGAGCGACGACAUGAAGAAUAAACAAAAGGUGAUUGAGGAUGAUUGGUGCAGUGGUUAUUAUUUGAGCCUGGAUUAA